AUGCCCUUUGUUGCGAAUACGCCCGAGUCGCUCGUGGCGCGCAACGACUCCAAGAAUCCCUCCACAACUUGCCGAGGCAUCACCACGAGCGGCCGACCAUGUCGACGCCCCAUCACGGCCGCACCCGUCGACCCAGCCCAGACGCUGCUGCCGCAACCCCGCCGGGCCAAGAUCACACACGAUGACCCCCGCGACGAGACGUUGUAUUGUUGGCAGCACAGAGACCAGGCGGCCAUGUCAGCGCACUCGAGUCCCGGCCCGCGGGGCAACGCCACACCGAUUCUCGAGGAGCGAAACCAGCAUCGACACGCUCGCCGGACAGAUUGGGACUCGUAG